CUGACGUACCACUUAUUCAUAUAUUCGCUGGCGGGAGGAAGACCGUGUGUGCUAGCUAAAGUGUAAUUUGUUUAUUACAUUCAGGACAGUUAUGUCUCGAAUACUCAACUCUAUUGUAGCUGUUUGUCCGGACAUGGGAAUAGGGAAAAAUGGAAAUCUGCCAUGGCAUCCAAUAAGGCUAAGUAAUGAGUUCAAGCACUUUCAGAAGAUGACCAUGACUCCUUUAGUUGAGGGUAAAAAGAAUGUGGUCCUGAUGGGCAGAAAGACUUGGUUCUCUAUCCCUGCAGCAAACAGACCCCUAAAGAACAGGAUCAACAUUGUUCUGAGCAGAGAGCUCAAGACAGCCCCAGAGGGAGCUCACUACCUUGCUUCAGACUUCAGUUCAGCUCUUCAUCUGUUAGACAGCAGUGAGCUCGAAAAACAAGUGGACCAGGUUUGGAUAAUUGGUGGAAGCGCUCUGUACAAGGAGGUGAUGGAAAGUUCUGGUCCUAGGCGUCUUUUUGUAACACGGGUCCUCAAGCAGUUUGACUGUGACACAUUCAUACCUGACAUAAACAUAAACAAGUACAAGCUUUUGCCCGAAUUCCCGGGUGUACCCACGGGCUUGCAGGAGGAGAAUGGUGUUCAGUAUGUAUUUGAAGUAUAUGAGAGCACCGACCACUAAGAAGAUCCUUUAAGCAUGAUGCUAAGGUCGGAAAAGUGGCCUGGCCGGGUAGUGCGAGUGCUCUGACGUUGUGUGGCUCAGUUUUUAUGGGAGACCUGUUUUUAAACCCCCAUCACGCCUUUUUCUCCCCAUCAUUUGUUUGCCACAUUUCCUGUCCACUUUCCAUAGUAAUAAAAAUGAAACGUGAUUCUAGGACAGUUAAAAUGUUAUUUAAUGAUUUUAUUAUAACAUUUUAUGUAUGGCCUGUGAAACUAUAUAUACAAAGGGGAAAGUAGACAGAAAAUCAUGAGAAGACAGAGGGUGGGUAAAAGGGUGAAACUGAUAGGAUCCAAUCUCCCAUGAGCACAACAACUCAACAUGUUGCAAGAGUGCUGUCCACUAGGUCUCUGCUUAUUUGCGGCCUUUUCUCAAAAAUUAUAAUUUUUUGUAAUAUGCAAAAACAGUUGUUUUCCCACUGUCACUACCAUAAUCUUAUUGUAUAAGUAUCAGGUUUAGUUCCUGGAUUAUCAUUUCAAAUAUUCAGAAAGCAAUAUUCCUAAUUUUGAUAAUAAAUUUUCCUUUCCACA